UGAAUUGUCAUUAUGUCAACUUUCCUGAAAGGUAUUUGCUCAAGCGAUAGAUCAUGUUCAAUAUAGGAAGAGAAACAAUCGUUACACUACUAUUACUGUAAAUUUCAUCUUUGGCUCAAAUCAAUGUCAUGCGCAAACGAGAUUUUACAAAAAAAGAUGCAAGAAGAAUACUUCAAUAUGGUGGAAACCAUAUCAGUAACGACAAGUACUCUAGAUUUAGCGCUGCUCGUGUCCAUCGCUCAUUUAGUCAACCAAAAUCAAUAUGUGAGCAUCUCGAGUAUUAUGGAUGGAUUAGACGUGUUGAUUCAUCGUGCGUUGCUGAUAAGCAACAAAAUAAGUAGUAGUGACAACAGCAGCGAAUUCUACCUCGUCAAAGUUCUCAUUCUCUCCGAAUUAUGUCAAGAAGCUAUGCAGCUUUCGAUUGACUUUGAAGAAAGAGUAUUAGGGUCCACCAUGGAUGAUAUUUUUCUGAUAAAAGGAGAUAUACCAGAUGCGGAACUGUCCGCUAUACAAAUGUUACUUUGGAGAACAGGGGAUGGCUUUUAUGAUUUUAGAACAGCAUCGUUAUGGUUCAAAUAUGCAUACAAUAUAACAAGUUCCACUUUUGGAGAGAAUACAAAUGCUAUCAUCAUGGCAAGGAAAUUAUCGGUUUGUUUUAUACAGAUGGAAGAUGCAGAUGCAGCUUACGAAUCGUUGAGAAAAGGUAUAGAAGAUACCGCUGAGCCUGCCAUCGAAGACUAUUUAUUGCUAUUCCAGUACAGUCUGAGACAAACCAAAGUUGAGCAGCCUUAUUUAACAGAUCCUAUUUUGGCGACUCUAUUUGAAUGCAAAGACUUGAGUUUAAAGCAUUUUUUACCCAUACUUAAAUAUUGUUACAAAUAUGGGAAGAAAGGAUCUAUUAUGAAAACGGUUUUGGACGGUUUACUGCUCGUCUAUGACAGAAGCUUGAAUGCACUUAUUGAACGACAAGAGAAAUUAGACAUGAUUCAUUUGCUAGUGUUUCUGAUAAGAUGCACCGUUCAUAUAAAAACAACAGUUUAUGAUGCCAUGAAAAAGGAGGGUAAUUCCAGAACUAGAAAACUAAACUUCAAAGCAAUCGCUUCCUAUUUUGGUGUUGUAUGCGAACUCAUUGCAGAAGUUCCCAAAGAUGAAGUUCAGGGAACAGUGUUACUGAGUGAUCUUGAAUGGAUAUUGCAUACGUCAUGGAAUCUAGGGCUUUUCUGCUUUAGUCAAGGCAGGCAUGAGGAAGGAGUUUUGAUGUUUGAUAACAUUAAUAAGUGCUUAUCUUCUGUUACUUCGUGACAAAAACAAGUCUUUGCUCAACAAAGAAGCAACUUUAGAUAAAAAGAUGAUGAACGAAAAAGAAGGUGAUAUCAAUGAAAUACUUUCCAUGUUGUCCUUUUUAAGACAACGCCAAACAGAUGAGACAAAGGAGAAUGAUGAUGCUAUCUCUAUCCUAUCCCUCUACUU